CGGCGUCCUCCCCGGCUCCUUCCCUCCCUCAUCCGGGUCCUGGGCGAGCGGGCGCCGUGCGCGUGUCUCGCGGCCGAGCUGCUAAUAAAGUUGCACUGAGGGAAAGCGCAGCGACGGCGCCGGGGGAGUGCGUCCAGCCGGCGGGACUUGAACCAAUGAAAGAAUUUUAUGGCACUUAUGAAGAUAAAUGUCACUCCUCCCUUUUUAAUGGGAACUUCUGCUUAGAACCUGUAUAUGACUUUUCAUCUGUGAGCUGUUCUUUGAGUAGCCACUGACUUUGAGUUGCAGGAAGGUCUCUGAAGAUUUAUAUCAAAUGACGUCAAUGGCCAGCUUGUUCUCCUUUACUAGUCCAGCAGUAAAGCGAUUGUUGGGCUGGAAGCAAGGUGAUGAAGAGGAGAAAUGGGCAGAAAAGGCAGUCGAUGCUUUGGUGAAAAAGUUAAAAAAGAAAAAGGGUGCCAUGGAAGAACUGGAGAAAGCCUUGAGCAGUCCAGGACAGCCAAGCAAAUGUGUCACUAUUCCCAGAUCUUUAGAUGGACGCCUGCAGGUUUCUCACAGAAAAGGCUUACCCCAUGUUAUAUAUUGUCGUGUUUGGCGCUGGCCUGAUUUGCAGAGUCAUCACGAGCUAAAGCCGUUGGAUAUUUGUGAAUUUCCUUUUGGAUCUAAGCAAAAGGAAGUUUGUAUCAACCCAUACCACUAUAAGAGAGUGGAGAGUCCAGUCUUACCUCCAGUAUUAGUGCCUCGUCACAAUGAAUUCAAUCCACAACACAGCCUUUUGGUUCAGUUUAGAAACCUGAGCCACAACGAGCCGCACAUGCCACAAAAUGCAACGUUUCCAGAUUCUUUCCACCAGCCCAACAACACUCCUUUCCCCUUAUCUCCAAAUAGCCCUUAUCCGCCUUCCCCCGCUAGCAGCACAUAUCCCAAUUCCCCAGCAAGUUCUGGACCAGGAAGUCCAUUUCAGCUCCCAGCUGAUACUCCUCCUCCUGCCUAUAUGCCACCAGACGAUCAAAUGGGUCAAGAUAAUUCCCAGCCCAUGGAUACAAGCAAUAACAUGAUUCCUCAGAUUAUGCCUAGUAUCUCCAGCAGAGAUGUUCAGCCUGUUGCCUAUGAGGAGCCCAAACAUUGGUGUUCAAUUGUGUACUAUGAAUUAAACAAUCGUGUUGGGGAGGCUUUUCAUGCAUCUUCUACUAGCGUGUUAGUGGAUGGAUUCACAGACCCUUCAAAUAACAAAAGUAGAUUCUGCUUGGGGCUGUUGUCAAACGUUAAUCGUAAUUCAACAAUUGAAAACACUAGGCGACAUAUUGGAAAAGGUGUUCAUCUGUACUACGUUGGUGGCGAGGUGUAUGCGGAGUGCCUCAGUGACAGCAGCAUAUUUGUACAGAGUAGGAACUGCAACUUUCAUCACGGCUUUCAUCCUACCACUGUCUGUAAGAUUCCCAGCAGUUGCAGCCUCAAAAUUUUUAACAAUCAAGAGUUUGCUCAGCUUCUGGCUCAGUCUGUCAACCAUGGGUUUGAGGCGGUGUAUGAGCUCACCAAAAUGUGUACCAUUCGAAUGAGUUUUGUCAAGGGCUGGGGAGCAGAAUAUCACCGGCAGGAUGUUACCAGCACCCCGUGUUGGAUUGAGAUUCAUCUUCAUGGGCCUCUUCAGUGGCUGGAUAAAGUCCUUACUCAGAUGGGUUCCCCUCUGAACCCCAUAUCUUCCGUCUCAUAGUGCAGAAGUAGUCUUUUCAAUUAUAUUAUUCGUGGACUCGUUUUAAUUUUAGGGAAACUUUUCAGUACAGAUACUGUGAGCUUACAUGGAAAACAGAUAUUACAGCUUUUUUUUUUUCUAUAUAAUUGUGACCAAUACAUUUGUAUUUUGUGACGAAUCUACAUUUGUUUGUUAUUCGUGUUCAUGUGAUUAACUCUCAAAAGUGUUGUGAAAAAUGUAAAGUAGAAGUAUUGUACCCCAAAUUCACAGGUUUGGCGUUGAUCUUAAACUGGAACAUAAUUUUGCCUUAUUGUCCCAACAACCUGUUACUUGUUCAGUUUCUUGGAAAAAUAUAAUGCGUCACGUGAUGAAAAAUUAUAAUAGAAAAAGAAAGUAUGUGGUGAAAAUUCUUCCCUUCUCCUUUUAACCCUACAGGAAAUGUACUUUUUCCAGUUUCUUUGUCCUACCAGUGUUAAGAAAGUGUAGUUCGUUGUUUUCUGAAAGCAUGUGGUAGGAGCUGAAAAGAAACUAUAAAAAAAAAAUCUUCUAUUUGAAGGAACACUAUGCACUGCUCUCACAAGUAGUGUUCAGUAAAAGCAAAGUGAUAGUUUUCUAGAUGAUGUCAUAAAAUGUACAUUUACUACAGCUAAGUGUUUGUCAGUCUGUUGUGGCUUCAUUCAGUAUAUCUUUUGUAAAACAUUUCCUUUUUUUAAGAAAAAUUAUUGUAAACACCAGAUCUCCAGUAUAUGUAUGUCAUUUACUCCGAGUCUGUCCCGAGUACUACUUUAUAGCUAGUGCAUGCGCGGCCUUGUUCAGCUUGGCUACUUUUGGCCACUGUUGCAAGAACUCUAACUUUGACAUGCAUUAAUCUUCUGUUUUGCACUUUGAUGGGUGACAGUUUUUAGUGUAACCUUUUGUGUAACACACUCAAGUGACUUGGACUUCGAUGCUCAUCCUUACUUACUUGGUACCCCUUUUGUAUUAACAAACACUGCGGUUUAUAGAUUACAGUUGUAGGAAGUUAGACUUUUUCUACCUUUUUUGUAUUUUCGACCUAGUUUAUAAGACUGUUAUUCUGUAGUUCCAAUGUAAGGUGCCUUUCUAAUUACCUACCACUCUCUGGGUGUCACUCGUGUUGGAAAGUCACAGACUCCUCCCAUUGCUGUUACUGGUGUCAAUUGCCCCUAGUAAGGAAAGGACCUGUGUGCGGUAGCCCGUAAGAACCUCUUCGGUCUGACCCUGGGUUGGGGCUGCUGGUCUGGUACUUAAACGAGUAAGCAGUGGUUGUUGAGAUAGUUGAUUUUGAAGUAGUCACGUAUCAGAGAAUGCAGACUAUUCUCUCAGUUCCCACGAAUGCUGUUUUUUCCCAUUUAUUAGCACUUCCAUGGAUGCUAAUGUCCCAGAACACUAGUCCUCGGAGAGGAAAGACACGAAAACUCUAAAAUACCUGUUCGUUCAGUCAUGCUUGAAGGAAGGACUUUUAACCUCUCUUUCUAGAGAGCAGCCAAAUGGACACUUGGUUAUGGCAUGAGAACAAAGAUGUAUUUUGAAAAAAAGUGACCUAAUUUACCUCUCAGAGAAAGCUAUUUUCUGGUGCCUUUUGAAAGUAUAUGGAGCCAUGUCAGUCUUCUAUUUAAAGUGCUAGUUUGGUUUGACUUUCUCUCCUUUGCCCUUUCUGCAUUUUUUGAGGAAAGGAGAAUACAGUUCCUUUUUUCUGUGACAUUAUUUAUUGCUUUUACGAAGUGCAGCCAGUGGAUGGCUUUAGUUCUGUCAGAUGAAGUGCCAUAUAUGUUUCAGCUCACAGUCCUUUGCUGGGUCAAAGGAGACUUUCUGACAGUCACCUGAGCCUUCAACAUAAGUAAGUUUUACGUGACCUGCAUUCUUAAUCUUCCACACUUGUGUCAGCCACAUGAAAGAGAAUUAUUUGCCUAGUGUUAGAACCUAGCUAUUUACGUCGUUCUUUUACUUACCAGGCUUAUGGCAUAAUCUUUGGAACAAAUGUGUAGGAAGAAACCACCCAGGUUGAAUGAUGGAUACGUGUAAUCAACUUCCAUGGACUUGAACUGGUGGAAACUGUUGAAUUGUUUUAUUGAUGUUUUCAGUUGAUUUAAUUAAAAAUUGUUUUUAUUCAUGUUAUGGUCUUUAGAGUUGUUGAGAUUUUAUGCGAUUGGUCUUUUCUGUCUUUUCCUUAAGGAGUUGUGUCUCAUGAAGGUCAUUACUGAAGCUAUUGACCGUUCAGAGUUCCAUGGAAGAGUAGAGGCCUGUGGUCUUAACUAAAAGACAUUAACUAUAUACCCCUGGAUUUUAACUGAAAAUUUUAUGCAGUUGCUUCUGUAAUUCCCGGGUGUGUCCAAAAUCUAUGGAUGGGAAGUAAAAAUUGCCAGUGAGAUUUUAAAAACUAAAAUUCUGACCAAUGAAGACACUUCUGAAAGAAACCAUUUCAGAAAAUUACAGUUUAAAAUUUUUAUUUAGACUUUGGAAUGUUUCAUGGUCAAAUUUAUGAAAAUAUCACCAGUAGAACAAUCAGACAUUUCAUAUUAAUACUUGCAAGCUGAAAAGAGUAGAGCCUGGGAAUAAUAAAAUUACAACCAGGUUGGUAAAUGCAAAAAGAGAAAUAGAAUGAAAAUUCUUCUGAGUAAUGAAUUAACCCAAGAAAAAGAUAUUUGGAAAAACAAUUUAAGAGUUGCAUUUGGACCAGCGUGUUUGUAUAAUGAAGUAUUAUGGUCUGUUUGGUAUUGCCUGGCUUAUAUUUUAGAAUGUAAACUAUUAGGCAUGUUAUUGAUCUUCUGAAGCUAACACUUUUUCUUUAGAGAUUAAGACAUCAAUCAAAAUGUCAAGUAUAUACAUCAGAAUAUAAAUCAUUUUUCACAUUUUAUUAUUAUGUAAGGAACCUAUGGUAAUAGAAUUGGCUGGGUUUCUUAGUUGAAAUCCACAGUAAGAUUCCUAGGUAGUUCAGUGAGCUAUACCUAAUAGUAUAGAAAGAGGAUGUAGCUACUUGAUACUUUUCAUAACAUUUGAGAGUAAGAUAUCCUUUUAAGAUGUAAAAUGAUCAAGACGUGGUCCCAUCUGAAAUCUCUUGUCAAGAUGAGAACUGGGGCUCACAGGGAACCUGUGGGAAACAGUUCUGUCACAGUGUUCUGUUGAAGGAGAAGAUUUGUAGAGAAUAUGAACUCCUGCCAGUAUCAGAGAACCUCCAGAAAGUCUGAUGGUACCUGUCCAAGUACUCUAUUUCUGUUCUAGAAAACAUCUGAUAUGCCAGCUUGGAUCCAUUUCUUUAUUCUCUUUAUGGUUGUUUGCUCAGUGUUCCUUUGAAUCGUUAUCACUUCCCCACUUAAACUGUGUUAAUGUCUUUUAUACUUACUGAAGAAGGAAGACUUGAUAAUUGAGCUUCCGACGAUGACUUCAGUUUUGGAUCUGUUAACCUUUAAGAGGAUCAGAGCCCUUCUUUGUUGUAUUACUUAAAUCCUUGUUCACUCUCUCAGGUAGGAAUAUAAAUAUGUGUUCUCUUCAUACCCAUCAGCUAGAUAAGCAAGGAUCUUCUAAGAUAGUAGUUAGCAUGGUGGUUUCAGGCAUGUUUGGUGAUUUUUCUGGGAGGUAGUUUUCCUAUACAUUGGUUUGUGGGUGGUCUCUCGAGAUACUAACUAGGGCAGCUUUCUGGGGGGCAGGCUCUUAUUUGAGACCCAUUUCCUCCAGAGCAGCAGCAUUUUCCUCUUUGAUAGAGAUGGGAUUUGGGAGAGGUUUUCUUCUCACAGAAGAUGCAUGUAUGGAAAGUGAGAAUUCAAGGCAUUUCUUCUGCAUAAAGACUUGCCUGCUGGACAGAAGCUUGGACAGUUCUUUGGAAUUCACUGGGUUAUAGUUCAGCAUUUCCUAAUUAUGAGAGGUAACAGUGUUUAUCAAGCCUUUGUUUUAUUGGAUUAUUCACAGUAGAAACUUAACUUCUAAAAUACAACUGUGUUACAACUGAAGUGUUACCCUAAAAUUGGAUGGUUUGUAAAAACCAAUGAGAGGUAUUUUACAUAGCAAUUUUUUUUAAAGUAAGAGCGUGUGAUACAAUAUUUGCUGGUAGCAAUUGCUGUUAAACAAAUGAUGGGAUGUUUGGGUGAAAACAUCCAGCCAUAGAGUAGGUUUCUUCUGUCAUUCAUGGCAGAGUGAAAAAGGUGUGCAUGGUUUUCAUCCAAAUAAUUCAAUUCUUGAAAUUGUUAGCAAUCAUUAUAAACCAUUGUCCUCUAAGGAUUUAUUUGAAGAUACUGUUAUUAAAAAGUUCAGAAUUUUGUGUACAGGUAGAUUCUUGCCCCCCAUUAAUAAGUAGUGCCUUCUUGAUACUAGCUGGUAUUAACUAUAAUAAAACUACAGUGAGGCCAAACAAUCCUACUUUCUGUAUAAAGAAGACAUUUUUAGAGUCAGAUAUUCCUUUCUAAUAUCAUUGGAGAUAAUGUUGCUUUGAUUUAUUCAUGAAGUAUUUUAUAUGUAGGGACUCUUGAAGAUAAUAGUUGGGCAAGCUAUUGUCUUCUUAAUCUGUUUGGUUAAAAGUGCAUUUUAAGGAUCACUUAUUUUAAAAUUGGAUCGGAUUGUAAUCAUGAGAACUGGAUGUAUGUGUGUACCUGCCCAUCUUCUCUUAAAAAGAUACUCAUAUGCAGAUGAUAAAGACCAAACCAGUGGCUGCAGUAUAGGUCCGCUUCUUGUUCUGCUUCUGUUUCUGUGGUAGAAAAUGAAAUUCUAGCAAUAUGCUUCAAUUCUGUUACCUUUUUGAUACUUAUAAAAAUGUAUUAGGUUUUACUAUACUGUGCUUUUUCAAAGCCAUAACUCUUAAGAACUUUGUUUUUGCAUAUUGUUUGCUAAUACUUUAUUUUAAUAAAUCUCAAAACCUG